ACACUUAUAACCAGCCGACAGCGCGAAGAAUAAGAACAGAAAGCUGAAAACGUCCUCCAAGGGCUCUUUUGUGCUUUAGCCUCGCGUAGUGACAAAAACCACAGGAAGUAGUUAGUAGUUGACCGAGAGCGCGUUGCGGGGGAAUUUUUAGGGCGACGUGAGAAUAAUAACACAACUCCUGUCACUGGUGUUAUCUCUGAGUGCGCUUCCACAGCAACAACCUCCGAGCGCAACUGUGAAGACAGAGGCUCUGAAGAGUGACCCGGCCUCACAGCACAUCCCCGGAUUUCUAAUUUGAAAGGUUGAACAAUCAGCAGCAGACAUGGGGUGCUUCGGAUUCCUUAAAGGAAUGAUGUUCGUCUUCAACGGCAUCAUCUUUUUGGCAGGUGCUGCAAUCCUAGGCGUUGGGAUCUGGGUGAAGGUGGACAGCGGUUCCAUCCUCAGCUUCCUUGACAAAAUCGAGAACGUACCGUCAGAGCUCAGUCAGGUGCUCAAUGUUGGCUACCUGUUGAUUGCAGUAGGGGCUCUGCUGAUGGUCAUCGGCUUCCUGGGCUGCUGUGGAGCCAUCAGGGAGAGCAAGUGCAUGCUGCUGCUGUUUUUCAUCAUCAUCUUGCUGGUCUUCAUAGCAGAGGUUGCAGGAGCAGUGGUGAUUUUGGUAUUCAGACCACUGGCAGAUGAGUUGUUUGCCAAAGUUGGCACGGCAGCAGUUCAAAGCAUUAGGAGGAAAUACGGGGAAGAUCCUGACAUCACAGGGCUAUGGAAUAGCACAAUGGACACGUUAAAAUGCUGUGGCUUCUACAACUCGUCCGACUUUGACGAUUCUCCGUAUUAUAACAGCCACAACAUGAUGUACCCUCCGCAGUGCUGUCCGGGUAUUGAACAGCCAUGUAAUAAAACAUUGGCCGACAGCGACAAGCGCAUCACGGGUUGUUUCCCGCUGAUCAAGCAGCUGAUUGAUGAAAACACUGUGGUUAUUGUGGGAGUAGCGCUCGGGAUUGCAGCUUUAGAGAUAUGUGCCAUGGUUGUCUCAAUGAUCCUCUACUGCAGAAUAAAAUCCUGAGGGACUAAGCGCUGAACAGUCUCAGAAGGAUCCCUUUAAUCACUGGAGUCUUUCUACUUCCUGUAUUGCUUACUACAAUGCCUCAUCAUUGAAGACAGCUAAUGUCAGUUGUUGUGCAAUCAGAAUUAUUACUGAAUGACGCAACCAAAUCUAUUUUUACUACAUUUAAAUCUAUCUAAUAGAUGCCAUUUGUGAAUGUAAAUGAUCUAUUUCUUGAGGACACUUGCCUUUAUAAGCUACACUCAUUGUGUACGUCACAGGUGGUUACUGCCUUCAACUUAUGGCUAGUUAAGGAGGAAUUACAUGUUCAUUGUAAUAAUGAAACUGAAGCUGGUAUCGAUGUGGAAGACAGGGAGCACAACUGUGAAUGUUAUUUUAUUUUUAUUUUAUUUUUUUGCCUUGAUGCAGCUUGUAAAAUAGCAACAGAAGCAAUAUAUUGUGUGUUUGUAUGUCCAAAGUGAUUGAGUUUGAAAUAAAGUCUGGAUUCUGGUGAGUUUUUUGAA